AUAUAUUCCACAAUAUGAGUAAUUCGCCACUGGUUUAUCUUCCUCCGGGCAGAGAAAGAUGCAAGCUCCUGUAGCAGAGGAGGAAGCUCCAAUGCCAUUGAAGGGGAAGGGUGGCCUAAAGACUCUCCCAUGUAUCAUGGCAAAUGAGAUCCUCGAGAAAGUUGCGAGCUUUGGGCUCCAUGCAAACAUGAUCGUCUACCUGACGAAGACGUAUAACAUGUCCCCUGCUGCUGGUGCCAUUGUCCUCUUCAUAUGGGGAGCAGCAUCCAACUUCACACCGAUCUUUGGGGCUUUUUUGUCGGAUUCUUUUCUUGGUCGUUUCCGAGUGAUCGCAAUUGGGUCCUUCGUCAGCCUAAUUGGCAUGGCGCUUCUUUGGCUCACAGCGGUGGUUCCUGGGGCGCAGCCUCCUUCUUGCGGCCACGCGAACGACGACUGCGCGUCGCCCACCUCGUCGCAGCUCGCUUUCCUGUUUGCCGCUUUCGCCGUCAUGUCGGUGGGAUCAGGUAGCGUCCGGCCGUGCUCUCUUGCCUUCGGUGCGGACCAAUUGGACCAGAAGGGCGCGCCUCAGAACGAGAGGACCCUGCAGACCUUCUUCAACUGGUACUACGCGUCGGUCGGCAUCUCCAUCAUCGUCGCGGUGACGGUCAUCGUGUACGUGCAAGAUCACAAAGGCUGGGCGGUCGGGUUUGGUGUUCCUGUCGUGCUCAUGGCAAUCUCUGCAGCCCUGUUUCUUCUGGGAUCUCCUUUCUACAUCAAGUUCAAGGCAAAUAAAAGCAUUUUAGCCGGACUUGCACAAGUCAUCGUCGUGAGUCUCAAGAACCGGCAUAUAUUCUUGCCUCCGGACACCAACCAUGUGCGGUUCCACAACAAGAAGGGCUCCAAACUCACCGUUCCAACCAAGAAACUGAGGUACCACGUUCAUCAUCAGACUUUGAUGAUUACCCGAAGUACGCAUGCGUGCAUCAUCCGCUGGAACUUCUGCAGGUUCUUGAACAAAGCUUGUGUCAUCAGAAAUCAGGAGAAGGAUCUGAAUCCCGACGGAACAGCAUCAAACGCCUGGAACUUGUGCACGGUGGAGCAGGUGGAAGUCCUCAAGUCGGUGGUGCGAGUGCUGCCUAUUUGGUCGUCCAGCAUCAUGGUUGCCGUUGUCAUCAGCCAGUACUCGUUCCCGGUGCUGCAAGCGGGCACCAUGGACCGCCACAUCGGGUCGAAGUUCCAAAUCCCGGCGGGCUCCUUCGUUGUGUUCUCCAUCAUCACUCUGACGCUUUGGGUGGCCAUCUACGACCGGCUGGUGGUUCCCCCGCUGUCGAAGAUCACGGGGAGACCUCGUGGGUUCAGCCUCAGACAGCGGAUGGGAAUCGGCCAGGUACUGUCAUGCAUGGCCACGGCGGCGGCGGCCGUCACGGAGGGCGCUCGCCGCAGAAGGGCCAUCGAACAAGGACUCGCUGAUGAUCCACAAGGGAUGGUGAACAUGUCGGCCAUGUGGCUGGUGCCACAGAAUUGCCUGACUGGUUUAGCAGAGGCCCUCAACCUCAUCGGGCAGCUCGAGUUCUACUACUCCGAGUUCCCCAGAAGCAUGGCGAGCGUUGCCGUGUCGCUGUUGACGCUUGGACUGGGGUUUGGGAACUUGGUGAGCAGUGUCAUCACGGCGCUCGUCAACAAGAUCAGUGGAGCAGAUGGUGGCGCGAGCUGGCUCGACAGGAACAUCAACAAGGGCCACCUCGACUACUACUACUGGAUUCUUACACUACUUGGCAUCGUAAACAUCUUCUAUUUCAUGGCCUGUAGUCUAAUUUAUGGCGAGGAAGGACAGGAUAAGUUCUGGGACGACGACUCACAGAUGAAACAAGACCUGCACUCUGCCAGAGAAGUACCAGUCGCUGUUUGAUGUGCAACCAAAGAAACGUGUUUACCGCUCGUAAAUUAGAUCCAUUUAACUUAUUAAUUGAGCUAGAUUUCUGUCAGCAACCUAAAAAACAUUUCAUCUAUAAACGCCAAAUCUUGUGGCGGA